AUGAGGCUCCGAAUCGCUUCAGGCGGCAUUGUAGCAGUGGCCUCCUUGGCUGUUAGUGAGAGGCCUGCGCUUUCACCCAAGAUCUUCGGCGUCGACCCCUCGGGGGCCCCUCCCUUGUUCGACCCUCCUGAGUUCGCGCCUGCCCUGGGAGGUAACGCAUUUGAUCCAGAAAAUGUGGCUGGUAAGACUCUCUGGGACAAAUACCUCAAGAAGGGAGACCACAUGACGUGUUUGAUGGAGGCUACAGACGCAGGCGCAGGAUGGCUAGAGAAGGAUCCCAGAAAACCACCUUCAGCCGCGAGCAAAUGGACGGGUGAUCUUAGAGCUGAACUCCAAAAAUGGUUCUGGCACGAGUCGCAGUACGACAAGGGCUGGGAAUGUGAUUUCGAGGGCAUGGGACUCAAGACGACGUUUGAAGGUCUCGGUCUCAACUCGCAAUCAAAGUACGACGACGAGGGUGAUCCACAAGCAGGGAGCAACGACUGCUAUUCAAUUCAACAUUAUGACGAAUACUGGGUUGCAGAUCCUGAUGACGAAUGGGGCCAGACGAUUCCUAUCAAGGACCAGAAGUACAAAGCCGACGGUAAGGAGUAUACAGCCACAGCCGGCGUCUACCAGUUCGCUAUCAACCAUAACGGAGGUCUCAUUGCCAAGAACAUCGAGAGUCCACGCCAUGCCGUUCUUAGUCCGAUGUCCUGGGGUCGUAGUGCCAAUCCUGGGGAGCUUCCUGCAAUUGAAUUUGCGUCUGACGUCUUCUGGGCAUAUUGGGUCCGCGAUAACCCCAAUGUCAAGAACUUCCUGGUCUAUGGCGCUCACAAUGUCAUCAAUACGGACACAACUCUUUUGGUAGCUCGAGCCUUGAAGAAUGUCGGCACAAAUAAAUUGUCCGUCUGGCCGGGUAACGUCUUCAAUAUUGGAAGCGAGGAGUUCCGAGUCCUGAUCGGCUCACCCAUAGGCGCCACAGCUGGCCACUUGCUUGCAGCACACAAGGCCGAACUUGGAAUCAAGAGGAUCACUAAAGUGACUGUAGUCAAGAAUGACAAAUCGCCCUUCAAAAACCGACGUCUUUCAGAUGAUUUACACAUAUUCUUCAGUAUUGGAGAUGUACCACCAGCUGAGGUGACCAGACCGGAUGAGCCGGUAGGCGUGAUGGACAGCCGAAUCGCCAGUGUCAGGAAGCGAGGGAAGAACGUAAUUAGGGUGCAUACUGUAAUGGCUUAG